GGCAUGAUGGCAUGGUCACUUGCCUUUGGCAUUGCCCGGCAGACCCCAACGAAAGCGAUUCCAAGUCCAUCCUGGUAUCAGGUUCUAAAGAUGACUCCCUGAAGGUUUGGGACCUGGACCCUAAGGAUGGUCGGAGUCCUCUCAUCACAACCCUGAAAGGACAUUCUUCAUGGAUCUCAGAUGUAACAGGAACAAAGAAGAGAGUGAUUUACUCUGCGUCAAACGACAAGAGCGCCAAGAUGUGGGUUUAUACUAUGCAAACCGUGAUUAAGAGGGAGAGACACAACGACCAUGCAUUCGUUGUCAGGUUUACUCCUGAUGGGUCCACAAUUAUCACCAGUGGACCAGAGGGAUCCGUCAAGUUUUCUAGUUUCUAUGACUGCCAUGUGUCCCGCCGUGAAGAGGGAUACAUCUCCAAGCUGGUGUUCAGCAGAGACGGCAAGAAGAUGAUUGGUGCAUUCAAAGAAGAGGGGCGGCUUCGUGUCUGGGAUAUGAACAAAUCAAUGGAUGGAGGUGGAGAUGUCUUUGAUCUUGAAGGUCAUGAGAAGGGCAUCCUAUGGUUGGUGGUGGGGAAAGAUAGUGAGGUUGUUUCUGCUUCACAGGAUAAGAUGAUUAAGGUGUGGAACGUGGACACCAAGACGUGCAGGCUCACUCUUACAGAACAUGAAGCUCCCGUAGGACUAGUGAAGACACUGACACAAAAGGCAAACACCUUCAUCCUAUCAGCAGACAGCGAAGGAGUGCUCAAGUCUUGGAAAUAUGACACAGGAGAAUGUCUGCUUUCUGCCAAAGAGCACAGAGCAACAAUACGAUGUCUCGCUAUCUCCCCAAAUGGUCAGUUUGCAGUGACAGGUGCCAACGACAAGCAGAUGAUCCUAUGGUCACUUGCUCCAAACACUUUUGGUCAGGUGGUCAAGCGUAUGCCGGUUCAUACGUCAGAGGUCAUCUGCUGUGCAUUUACGCAUGACAGCACCAGGGUCGUCGGGGGAACCCACGCCGGUGUGGAGCAGCUUCAUGUCUGGGACUUCAUGGCCAAUAAUGACCAACUCCUUGUAGGUCACAACCACGCCAUCAUGGAUAUUUGUAUAUCAUCAGAUGACCAGUACUUGGUGACUGCAUCCCGUGACUGCACCCUCAAGGCGUGGCAUCUUCCUACCCUGCGGAUGCUGGCAUCCUUCGAUUGCAAGUCCCAGAUCAAGUAUAUAGACCUGGUCUACAAAAGUGAGGAUCGCUAUCGGCUAGCAGCAGAGAACAAAUCUGGAACUAUUUUGAUUCUUGAUUUGCUACUUGAGAAAGCGGAUAGAUCUGAUAUCAGCCCUGAACCUGUCACCCAGUUCACCAAGACAAACCAAUUAAGAACCUCUAAAGACCAUCAAGGCAAUGGAUCUCACAGUACAUCUUCAAAGAAGUCCAACAGUAGCUCAAAGAAGAAGAAGAGCAAAGCAGCGUACCUUUUAUUCCUUUUUGUAAUGUUUGUUGUACUUAGUGUGUUCGUUUAUAUUCUGUUAGAUUUGACCUUGUUGGGUUUGUUAAGUUAUAUUCUGUGCUUGUAGUACAUAUUGUCUAAUGUAUAUAUAUGGAAGGGUUCUGCCUCGAAAGGCCAAUGGCCUAAGCGGUUCCCUUCCCUAUUCUUGUUCUACAAUAAUGUAUUGCUAAUAUAUACAUAUUAUUUAUGUUCUUAAUGGUACGUGGAAAAUAAAAUUUGAACUUGAACUUGUUUGCUCUACUGCAAACUUUUCUGAAGACCCUUCCACUAAGAUGGCUUCUCAGAACCUGACGUUGUUUAUCAGAAUGUGUUCUUCUUGAUGCUGGUAAUGGUCAAUGAUGUCAGGAGAUAAAGUGUACCAUUGGCUCUCUGAGCCUUAAGAGGUAAGUCAUUCAUUGUCGUCCUCGUGCCCUGCAUCCUUAAACGUAAGGGCGACUUUCUCCAAAGCGAUCUUCCUCAAGACAUGAUAAAAGAAGCGGAUGGCCUCUUAGUUAUAGGAUAUUUGAUGACAUUUUGAUCGUAUUUGUUUCAUUAUAAUAGUAAUAAUAUUCUGGAU